GCGGGCUCUUCUCCCGCCGAUCGCACGGAGGGAAGGAGGCGGCCCCGGCACACCUCCAUCGCCUGCGCCCGGGAGCAAGAGCGCAGCGGGCAGGCGAGAGAAUCAGCCCGACAGGGGGAGACGCCCGGAGUCCCCCGAAGCUGCCCUGCCCUGACUCUCACCCCUUCCGGCCAGGAGCUGCUGCCGCCCCCAUUUGUGUUCAUGUUUGGGAUUCAGGAAAAUAUACCCAGAGGCGGGACGACCAUGAAGGAGGAGCCGCUGGGCAGUGGAAUGAACCCGGUGCGCUCCUGGAUGCAUACGGCAGGGGUGGUGGAUGCGAACACGGCCGCCCAGAGCGGUGUGGGGCUGGCUCGGGCACAUUUCGAGAAACAGCCGCCUUCCAAUCUCAGAAAAUCCAAUUUUUUCCACUUCGUCUUAGCUCUGUACGACAGGCAGGGGCAGCCGGUGGAGAUCGAAAGGACAGCUUUUGUGGACUUUGUGGAGAAAGAGAAAGAGCCGAACAACGAGAAAACCAAUAAUGGGAUUCAUUACAAACUUCAAUUGUUGUACAGUAACGGAGUUAGAACAGAACAGGAUUUGUAUGUUCGCCUAAUAGACUCAAUGACCAAACAGGCCAUCGUAUAUGAGGGGCAAGACAAGAACCCCGAGAUGUGUCGUGUGCUCCUGACUCACGAGAUCAUGUGCAGCCGAUGCUGCGACAAGAAAAGUUGUGGCAAUCGAAACGAGACCCCUUCAGACCCCGUAAUCAUUGACAGAUUCUUUCUCAAGUUUUUCCUCAAGUGCAAUCAGAACUGUUUGAAGAAUGCAGGCAACCCCCGAGAUAUGCGGAGAUUCCAGGUUGUUGUAUCAACUACAGUCAACGUGGAUGGCCACGUUCUGGCUGUGUCCGACAACAUGUUUGUUCACAACAACUCCAAACAUGGAAGGCGGGCCCGCCGCCUUGACCCGUCAGAAGGUACGGCCCCUUCUUAUCUGGAAAAUGCAGCUACUCCGUGCAUAAAGGCCAUCAGCCCUAGCGAAGGCUGGACCACCGGCGGGGCCACCGUCAUCAUCAUCGGGGACAACUUCUUCGACGGCCUCCAAGUCGUGUUCGGAACCAUGCUGGUGUGGAGUGAGCUGAUAACGCCCCACGCCAUCCGAGUGCAGACCCCUCCUCGGCACAUUCCUGGAGUGGUGGAGGUCACCCUGUCCUACAAAUCCAAACAGUUCUGUAAAGGUGCUCCCGGCCGGUUUGUCUACACUGCCCUUAACGAACCAACCAUAGACUACGGCUUUCAGAGGUUGCAGAAAGUGAUUCCGCGGCAUCCAGGGGAUCCUGAAAGGUUACCGAAGGAAGUAUUACUGAAGCGGGCGGCCGACCUCGUGGAAGCCCUGUACGGAAUGCCCCACAACAACCAGGAGAUCAUCCUGAAACGAGCAGCCGACAUCGCGGAAGCGUUGUACAGCGUGCCACGCAACCACAACCAGAUUCCUGCCCUUGCCAACACUCCAGCACACACUGGCAUGAUGGGAGUGAACUCCUUCAGCAGCCAGCUCGCGGUGAAUGUCUCAGAGACAUCACAAGCCAACGAUCAAGUAGGCUACAGCCGCAAUACAAGCAGUGUUUCCCCGCGAGGAUACGUUCCCAGCAGUACUCCCCAGCAGUCCAAUUACAACACAGUCAGCAAUAGCAUGAAUGGAUAUGGAAAUGCCGGCAUGCCCAAUCUAGGCGUCCCUGGCUCUCCCGGAUUUCUAAAUGGCUCCUCAGCUAACUCUCCUUACGGCAUAGUACCGUCAAGCCCUACCAUGGCAGCCUCUUCGGUCACCCUCCCUUCAAACUGUAGCAGUACCCACGGCAUUUUCUCAUUCUCACCUGCCAAUGUCAUCUCUGCAGUGAAACAAAAGAGCGCCUUCGCUCCAGUUGUCAGGCCCCAAGCUUCUCCUCCGCCAUCGUGCACCAGCGCAAACGGGAACGGGCUCCAAGCUAUGUCUGGGCUCGUUGUCCCUCCCAUGUAAGGUCACUUUUGUUUACCUACGUAGCAUCAAGCAGCGAAGGACGGGCUUCAGGGGACAAGUUUAGUGGAUUCCGACAUGCUGAUGGAAACGGCAUCUUCAAGACAAAUCAGCAGCGAUUGAAAUGCUACAGAAAAAAAAAAAAGACUUUGUUUAAAGAUUUUAUUUAAACUCUUAAGAAUCGACAUGCAAACAACCUACUUCUUCAUGAACAAUUCCAUUUCUUGACUGAACUUUUCUCAUCUUUUCACAUUUCUCAGUUCUGAAGAAUAAGGAGAAAAACACAAAACAAAGCAACCCCUAUUUUGUAUAAAGUUUCCGAUUCCGUCUUGGCUCUGUCUCGUACUUGCUCUGUGUGGGGAGAAACUUUGUGGAUGCACCAUUCGGGGUUCUCAUGAAACACUGACGAAAACCGCCUCAGAACAUUUCGCUGUCCUCAUCACUCGAUUCACAAUGGUUGUGUAGCUCUAUAAUGUGAAAUAUUUUUUUGUGGUGAAAAAAGGGGGCCAAGGAGGUAUGAGCCAUCAAACUGGAAAACGAACGAGAAGGAUGACGAUACGAUUAGGAGAAAUUGGGGGUGGCAGGGAGGGGGGUUUGUCAUUAACUUCAUCUUAAUGAAAUGAAAUGAAACUUUGUAACUUAUUGUAGUUAGCGAUUGUAACUUUGAUAUUGAACUUUCUUGCCUUUGAUGAGCACACUGACAGAGAACAAAGGGCCACUGUCGUCUGUUGGUUCAAAUAUACUUCCACUGCUAGAGCUUCCUGUUAAGCGAGUGUGAUCUGCCACAUUUUUUCAACUUUUGCUAGCCCUGUAUAAAACUGUUGCAUUCUUAGGCUACUACUGUGGAGUCUGUUUCUUGUACCAGAAAAUUGUCCUUUUGACUUCUAGGUCCUUCUUCCCUAAUGUGUUUUGUAUGUGGUUAUAAAAUGGUAGACUUUUGUGAUUUUGCCAAAGUUGUAGCUAAAUAUUUAUACACUUGUCUUGAAUUUUUUUCAAAUCCACUUAAAUAUUUAGAAAAGCACGUCUUAUUCCUUAUGGGCCUGAUAAGGAGUAAAGCCGUCUCCUCCAUUGUAACAGUUCCUCUCACGUACACACCUGCAGUCACGAAGGGACUUUAUUUUGUAACAUAUCGAUUAUAAAUAUUGUAUUUAUCUUUGAGAUUUUGUACAUUGCUUUGCCCAUCCUUUGAUUUCUUCCCAUGUGUAUUAGUUUCCUCCUGGCCUGCUAUCACGGUGCUGAAGGAACUCAGCAUCAAGCCAAGAACAGAUGCCCGCUUCCUCAGUCUCCUUUGGAGGGGUCAGUAUCUUCACGUUUUAAUUUCUGCUGCCGAACUCUUGCUCUCGGUUAGGACUUUCCAUCCAUUUUUUUUUAUUAUUAUUUUGAGGAAAAGUCAAAAUUCAUCGUUUAUUUUUAUAUUAUUUUUAAGUUAUCUGAACAAAUAAUUUCGGGGAAAAAGUUGUUUGUUGUAUAGUCGAAACAAAGUCGUGCCAGCUGGCUGUGAUGAAUACUCGUAGACUACGUGCAUGUGAUGCGGCCGCACGGGGGGCUCCCGUCCGGGGCUCCCGCCCGCGGCCGUCCGAGUUUUUUUCUUUUCUUUUUUUGUAGAAUGUAAAAAGUCACUUUUAGCUGCCACCCAUGACUUUGCCACAUAGCUGAACUGUGUUUACUGGAAAAAUUCAGAGGCCUAAAGUUUAAAAUAAAAUUUACUUCUGAUGUUUUAAUUCCAAUGUUUGCCACAUUAACUUCUCUGAUGCCUUAAAAGUGGACUUCUCUGACGAAUCUUUGUGCUGUUUUAUCACGGGCUUACACCACAGUUGUUAACCACAACUUCAUUUGGAACGAUUUAUUGCGUUUAAAAAAAAAAAAAAAAGCAAAAGCAAAAGCACAAACCCGGUGUCUAGUCCUGUCGCUCCUAUGUGUGUCCGUUUCUGCUGCAAUAUGCACCCUCUUCCCCCUCACACUCCUUCCUAGCCAGGGUUUCGGAGGAAACCAAGGUCAUACAUGAUUUUUAUAUAUGAUUUUUUUUUCUUACGGAACAUUUUUGUAGUAUGACCCAACAGCGAUGGCUGGACUUUUUAAACUGGAAUGUCCUCCUGAAUAUAUUGUGCCUCCUCGUGCCAAAUCCAUAGUGGUUCUGAAAGGUUGAUUUGUUUUUCUUUGCACUAAACGCUUUACAAAUGCAGCAGAAUUCAAAUUUCCAACAACAACAAAAAAAAGGAGGGACUAUUUUUUUUUUUCAUUCUGGACAAAAAUGCACAUUUUAGUAACGUGUUUACUAAAGGGAGUACAAAAACAAACGAGACAGUACAUCGCAGCAUCCCCGUGCACAUCACACGGUUCUGCUGUGAUCACUCCUAAGGCUUAGCUAAGUGGAAAAGCCUGAGAAGUCACUUUGGAACUGAAUUGCCUCAGUUUUAUUUUGUCUAAGUAAAGGUUUUGAUCUUUAAAAAAAAAAUUAAAAAAAAAAGAGGUCCCGUGUACAUGUUGAGAAAGUUUGCCAGUUUUCUCAUCACUGCGGCAAUCUGUUUGUGUUCUAGAUGACUUAGUCAGCGCACCAUCGCUUCCUUGUCUCCAAACUGAACGCUUCACUAAAUGGUAGAUUUUCCUGUUAAAGACCCUACAAUAAGAUUGUUUUAUCUGUACAUUUUUUCAGAUAUUUAACUGUAUAAAAAUGUUCAUUUUACACAAUAUUUAAUUAAAGUAUUUCUUGUCUGUGAAUUUCA